CAGACGAGGGAAGGAGUUCCUAAGUUUGGCCCCUGAUUUUCCCCCCUCUCUUCCUCCAGGCUAGGGUCAGAGAACAGGUUGAUGGAUCAAGCUGUUGUGUCAACCUUGAGUUCCUAUCUGGGUUACUCUUAACCUGGGCAAGGGGUUGAGAGGGAGAAAGAACCAUGGUCUACGCUAUGGGAGGUACAGACCUGAUGGAAACACCCCAGAGCCUGGCAAGCCCUGGGAAGGGGCAGAGUACAAGUGGGCAGCUGAGCCUUCAGCGAGUCAGGAUGUAGAAGUGGAGCCGAGUCCAUCAGGAACGGCUCCUUGGUAGGAGGUAGUUUAAAUAGGGAUGGACAGAGCUGAGCAGGUAUUCGUUGACUACUUAGUAAGAGCUAAGACCUUGCAGAAAUGGAGGGAAACUGAACAGUGACUGGCCUCUGAUCUCAAGUACAUUGAAGAGGGAGGUAUAUGAAUUUAUGAAGAAACUACUAACCAUGGUGACACAAUGGUUCUCAGCCUUCACCAACCAUCAGAAACACCUGGGGAAGCUUGUCAAAAAUACAGAUUCCCAGGCCUUGUGCCAGAUUACAAGGUGACGCUGACAUGGCUGUGCCCCAGGCUUUCCCACCGGGGCCCCUUCAUGAGCCUGCAGGUACCCUGGUGGAGCCCCAGCUCUGCCCUCGAAGCUUGGCUGAGGGCUUCCUGGAGGAGGAACUUCGGCUCAAUGCUGAGCUGAGCCAGUUGCAGUUUUCUGAGCCCGUGGGCAUUAUCUACAAUCCUGUGGAAUAUGCGUGGGAGCCACAUCGCAGCUACGUGACCCGCUACUGCCAGGGCCCCAAGCAAGUGCUCUUCCUGGGCAUGAACCCGGGACCCUUUGGCAUGGCCCAGACUGGGGUACCCUUUGGGGAAGUGAGCGUAGUCCGGGACUGGUUGGGAAUUGGGGGCUCUGUGUUGACCCCUCCCCAAGAACACCCUAAGCGACCAGUGCUGGGGCUGGAGUGCCCACAGUCAGAGGUGAGUGGUGCCCGGUUCUGGGGCUUUUUCCGGAACCUCUGUGGACAGCCCGAGGUUUUCUUCCGCCACUGUUUUGUCCACAAUCUGUGUCCUCUGCUCUUCCUGGCUCCCAGUGGGCGCAACCUCACCCCCGCCGAUUUGCCUGCCAAGCAGCGAGAACAGCUUCUUGGGCUCUGUGACGCGGCCCUCAGCCGGCAGGUGCAGCUGCUGGGGGUGCGGCUGGUAGUGGGCGUGGGGCGGCUGGCGGAGCAGCGGGCACGGCGGGCUCUGGCUGGCCUGAUGCCCGAGGUCCAGGUGGAGGGGCUCCUGCACCCCUCCCCCCGGAGCCCACAGGCUAACAAGGGCUGGGAGCCAGUGGCCAAGGAGAGACUGAAUGAGCUGGGGCUACUGCCGCUGCUAACAAAAUGAGCGCCCCUGGGGCCCGGCAGAGGGACACAUUCAAGGCCCCCAGGUCCUUCUUGGGCGAGCUGAUGACUACACGCCUCCUGGACUGGAGCAGGAAGAUCCUCCUCGGCCGUCUGGUUGCUGGGACCUGCCACGGCAGUUUUGACACUAUUCCGGCUUGCUCUCCUGAUUCCUGCCUUCUUCCCCUUCCUUUGAGCAUUGCCUUUUUGGAACCUAACUCCACAGAGAGGCAACACCUGCAAACUGCUUGCUUCACUGUUUCUUUGAGAGCCUCUGUUCAGCUGAGUGACCUCCAAGGUCUUAUUUGCUAUCUUAGAGAAAAGAUCCUGCCAGGAUGCGCACCCAUUCUCACAGAGGAGUGUCCUUCAGCUGACCCCUCUCCUCACAGGGACCAGGACAAAGCACGGGGCAUGGG